AUGGGUAGAGUCAUCAGAGCUCAGCGUAAGGGUGCGGGGUCGGUCUUCAAGUCCCACACCCACCACCGCAAGGGUCCCGCCCGGUUCCGCAGCCUCGACUUCGGCGAGCGCAACGGCUACCUCAAGGGCGUCGUCACCGAGAUCAUCCACGACCCGGGUCGCGGAGCCCCGCUCGCCCGAGUCAGCUUCCGCCAUCCUUUCCGAUACAAGAAACAGAAUGAGCUCUUCGUCGCCGCUGAGGGCAUCUACACUGGCCAGUUCAUCUACUGUGGGAAGAAGGCCAAUCUGGUCGUCGGCAAUGUGUUGCCUCUCAGAUCGAUCCCGGAGGGAGCUGUCGUCUGCAACGUCGAGCACCAUGUUGGUGACCGUGGAGUCCUUGCUAGGGCUUCUGGUGAUUACGCUGUUGUUAUCAGCCACAACCCUGAUAACGAUACCUCCAGGAUCAAGCUUCCUUCUGGUGCGAAGAAGAUUGUGCCAAGUGGUUGCAGGGCAAUGAUUGGGCAGGUUGCUGGCGGUGGUAGGACUGAAAAGCCAAUGCUCAAGGCUGGUAAUGCGUACCACAAAUUCAGAGUGAAGAGGAACUGCUGGCCUAAGGUUCGUGGUGUGGCUAUGAACCCAGUUGAGCAUCCUCACGGAGGAGGUAACCACCAGCACAUUGGACAUGCAAGUACAGUCAGGCGUGAUGCGCCUCCUGGCCAGAAGGUCGGUCUCAUUGCUGCAAGGAGAACAGGAAGACUUAGAGGACAAGCUGCUGCCACUGCCUCCAAGGCUGACAAGGCUUAA